UCAUCCUUCUAGUUUCCCCCUCACUCCACUCACUGUGAAUCUGAAUUCUAAACACUCUGAAGUAACGGAACUCAUUUCUCUCUCUCUCACUCUUUUCUCUUUCCUAGGGUUAGGGUUAGGGUUUGGUUCCACCAUGGCUUCCUCUUCCUCCGAUCCCGGCAAGUCGGCGGAGACUUCGGAACCUGCGGUGGCGAACGAUCAGUUGUUACUGUAUAGAGGAUUGAAGAAAGCGAAGAAAGAUAGAGGUUGCACCGCCAAAGAACGCAUCAGCAAAAUGCCUCCUUGUGCCGCCGGGAAACGCAGCUCCAUAUACCGUGGUGUCACCAGGCAUAGAUGGACUGGUCGUUAUGAAGCGCAUCUUUGGGAUAAAAGUACAUGGAACCAAAACCAGAAUAAGAAAGGAAAGCAAGUUUACUUGGGGGCAUAUGAUGAUGAGGAAGCAGCAGCUAGAGCUUAUGACCUUGCUGCUCUGAAAUAUUGGGGUCCUGGGACUCUCAUCAACUUUCCGGUGACUGAUUAUGCAAGAGAUCUUGAAGAAAUGCAGAAUGUUUCGAGAGAAGAAUACCUUGCAUCUUUACGGCGGUAUGCUUUCUGCAGGAAGAGCAGUGGAUUUUCAAGAGGAUUAUCAAAAUACCGUGGACUCUCAAGUCGAUGGGAGCCAUCAUAUGGCCGUAUGGCAGGAUCUGAUUACUUCAAUAGUAUACAUUAUGGUACAGGGGAUGAUUCUGCAGCUGAAAGUGAAUAUGUAAGUGGUUUCUGCUUAGAAAGAAAGAUUGAUUUAACAAGUCACAUCAAGUGGUGGGGAUCUAAUAAGAGUCGACAACCUGAUGCUGGAACAAGAUUAUCAGAAGAAAAGAAGCAUGGUUUUGCUGGAGAUAUUUGCAGUGAACUUAAAACAUUGGAACAGAAAGUCCAACCUACAGAACCAUACCAGAUGCCAGAGUUAGGCAGGCCCCACAAUGAUAAAAAGCAUAGAAAUUCUUCAGUCUCUGCCUUAAGUAUCUUGUCACAAUCUGCUGCUUACAAGAGCUUGCAAGAGAAAGCAUCAAAGAGACAGGAAAAUAGCACUGAUAAUGAUGAGAAUGAAAACAAAAACACAGUUAAUAAGUUGGAUCAUGGCAAGGCAGUUGAGAAACCAUCAAAUCAUGAUGGUGGCAAUGAUCGACUUGACAUUGCAAUGGGAAUGAGUGGGACGUUGUCUCUUCAAAGAAAUGUUUACCCAUUGACACCAUUCUUGUCUGCACCGCUUUUGACAGCCUACAAUACUGUUGAUCCUUUGAUAGAUCCUGUUCUCUGGACAUCUCUCGUUCCUAUACUUCCUGCUGGCCUUUCUCGUACAGCUGAGGUUACAAAGACAGAGACCAGUUCUUCAACGUACACUAUGUUUCAGCCAGAGGAGUGAUUUGACAUUUGGAUUUCUAAUUGAAGAAAGGCAAGCACCUGAGAAAGGCUGAGCUUGUAUCGAACAAACAACAGCGUAGAAGUCUGAAGAGCUCAAGCGCAGGUAUCAGAGAAUGUCCCCAUGGCUUUUUUGCAAGAUCACGUGGGUUCAGAGAAAAGAAUGUAUUACCGUGGUUUUACAUUAAUGAUAUAUAUAUGAUUAUAUCACAAAUCUUCUCAUUUAAAGCCAGAGUAUCAGUUGAUAUAUCUCUAUCAUGUAUAUAUAGUCAGAGUUAGACAAAUUUUGAUUUUAUCCGGAAUGUUCUGUACAGAAUAAGAGGUGGAAUCAUGCAAGAAUACGGUUAUGAGUUUAUUUGCAUAAGAG